AUGGGGGAAAGCGACGUUACUAUGCAAACUAAAAGGGAGGUCAAGAAAGGGUAUGGUACAUUGGGUGAAAGCGACGUUACUAUGCAAACUAAAAGGGAGGUCAAGAAAGGGUAUGGUACAUUGGGUGAAAGCGACGUUACUAUUCAAACUAAAAGGGAGGUCAAGAAAGGGUAUGGUACAUUGGGUGAAAGCGACGUUACUAUGCGAACUAAAAGGGAGGUCAAGAAAGGGUAUGGUACAUUGGGUGAAAGCGACGUUACUAUGCUAACUAAAAGGGAGGUCAAGAAAGGGUAUGGUACAUUGGGUGAAAGCGACGUUGCUAUGCGAACUAAAAGGGAAGUCAAGAAAGGGUAUGGUACAUUGGGUGAAAGCGACGUUACUAUGCGAACUAAAAUGGAGGUCAAGAAAGGGUAUGGUACAUUGGAUGAAAGCGACGUUACUAUGCGAACUAAAAGGGAGGUCAAGAAAGGGUAUGGUACAUUGGGUGAAAGCGACGUUGCUAUGCGAACUAAAAGGGAGGUCAAGAAAGGGUAUGGUACAUUGGGUGAAAGCGACGUUACUAUGCGAACUAAAAGGGAGGUCAAGAAAGGGUAUGGUACAUUGGGUGAAAGCGACGUUACUAUGCAAACUAAAAGGGAGGUCAAGAAAGGGUAUGGUACAUUGGGUGAAAGCGACGUUGCUAUGCGAACUAAAAGGGAGGUCAAGAAAGGGUAUGGUACAUUGAGUGAAAGCGACGUUGCUAUGCGAACUAAAAGGGAGGUCAAGAAAGGGUAUGGUACAUUGGGUGAAAGCGACGUUACUAUGCAAACUAAAAGGGAGGUCAAGAAAGGGUAUGGUACAUUGGGUGAAAGCGACGUUUAG